AUGGAUCACAAAUUUCUUAUAAACAUAUUACUAUGGAUUUGUACAACUCUAGCAGUAGACGCGCUGUCAACAGAGGUCACAAGGCUGCCGCGACAGACUUGUAUUUGCACUAAAAUUCUAAAACCGGUCUGCGGCUCAGACGGAAAGACUUACGGAAACGAAUGCGAACUUAAAUGUUCUAAUGAUGUGAAUAAAAUUAAGGCCGUAGAACUUACCGUCGCGUACGAGGGCGAGUGUAAAAAGAAAGAGACGCGCAUAUGUGCUACUAUAUACCUCCCUAUCUGCGGUUCAGAUGGUAUAACUUAUGAUAAUAAAUGCGAACUGGAAAGCGCAAAUGACAAAAAUGACGAUAAAGCUCUCGAUAUAACCGUUGCUUACGAAGGAGAAUGUAAGGAAGAGGAUCUGUGUAUAUGUGCAAAGAUAUAUCUUCCCAUCUGUGGUUCAGAUGGCAAAACCUACAAUAAUGAGUGUGAACUCAAAUGUUCUAAUGGCAAAAAAGAUGAUAAGGAUCUAGAAAUCACUAUUGCUUAUGAGGGAGAAUGUAAGGAAGAAGAAUUGUGUAUUUGUGAGAGGAUCUAUUUGCCAAUCUGUGGUUCUGACGGAAAAACAUAUAACAACGAGUGUGAGCUUAAAUGUUCCAACGAUAAAAAUAAAGGUAAGGAACUGGAAGUGAGCAUAGUUUUUCAAGGAGAGUGUCAGAAAGAGGAACUGUGUAUUUGUGCGAAGAUAUAUCUCCCGAUUUGUGGUUCCGAUGACAAGACAUAUGACAACGAAUGUGAACUUAAGUGUUCUAAUAAUAAAAAUAAGAUUGAAGUUAGCAUUGCGUAUAAUGGAGAAUGUAAAAAAGAUGACGGAGAAUGUCCCGAUGGGAAAUGUCAGGACGACUGCUUCUGUCCUUUUUAUUACAGACCCGUUUGUGGUAGUGACGGAAUCACGUAUGAAAAUGAAUGUUUACUAAAUUGCAAAAAUAAGGAACCCGAAAAAAAUGAUGGAAAACUAAUAGUCAUAGCUAAUGUUGGGAAAUGUAGUGACGAAUGUAUUUGUCCAACUUUCUACAAUCCUGUGUGUGGAAACGAUGACAAGACAUACCAAAACGAAUGUGAAAUGCAAUGCGCAAAUAAAAAAAUCGACAAAGAAAAGUCUUUAAUAACGAUUAAAUACCUCGGAAUAUGCAAACUACCCUGCGACUGUAAGGACGAAAAGAAUAUAGUUUGUGGUAGUGAUGGACAGUCAUACAAAAAUAAAUGCUUCAUGGAAUGCGAAAGUAAAAGUCUAGAGUUGGCUGGAUUGAGUUUACUCACAGUUGUUAAAGAAGGGAAAUGUACAUAUCCCUGCAACUGUCCUGAUAUAAUAGAGCCGGUAUGUGGUAGCGAUCAGAAAUCUUACAAGAACUUUUGCUUAAUAGAGUGCAUCAAUAAGAAUUUCCUCAAACCAAAAGAAACAAAGCCCUUCGGCUUCGAAUAUAGUAUCCCCUUCCCCGAUUACUACCGAAAUAACUACUACAAGUACAACUCAUACGAUAACGGGUACGAUCCUUACUACAAUAGAUAUAACAACUACUUCCCAAAUCGUUACCAGUAUGAUGCACAAAGCUACAACUCUCUGAGAUAUAAGCGUGCUGACGUAGUUCAAGAAUUAGUCAACGAUGCAAAAGCACUUAUAGACGAAAAAGCAAAGGAUAUUAAAUUAGAUGUAAAACUGGACGUUGAUUUGAAAGGUACUGAGAAAUUAGUCGAGGACCUCCUUUUAGAUGUACCGAUUAAUAUCAAACACGUCGGACUAUGCAAAGAAUGUUACUGCUCUGAUGUGUAUGACCCAGUCUGCGGUAGUGACGAUAAAACGUACAACAGCGAAUGUGAAUUGGACUGUAAUAACAAGAAACUAAAGAAUCUCGGCGAAGCUCUUAUAUCUGUUAGCGAAAGGGGCGUUUGUGGUAAAUGCUAUUGUCCGCAAAUUUUCGCUCCGGUCUGCGGAAGCGACGGAUACACGUACAAUAACAUAUGCACCUUAAAUUGUGGUAGUAAACGAAAUGAUAAGGAGAAAGAGAAAAAGGGACGUCUGUUCGUAAAGUACUUCGGAUACUGCCAACCAGACCCAAAAUAA